AUGGCAAAAUAUCAGGUUUUACAAUCGUUACUGGCCAAAGAUUGUCAGUUUGGCUUUAUUAUUUUGUAUAGGAAUGAAGCAUUGUUUGGAGUAUUGCAUGGUAACUCUCGAAAUAUAAUUACAAAAAUUUCGGCUGACUUACCAAAAAAGUGUAGAUAUGGUGGUUCACGGACAGUUCAAUAUACUCAACUUCGAAGAGAAAAACAACAGAUAUAUAAACAAAAAAUAUCAGAAACGGCUCGACAAUGUUUUAUUACGGAUGACAAAGUCAAUGUGAUGGGUAUAAUUCUUGCCACUGAAGAAUCUUUCAUAAAUGAAUUUCAACUGGAUGUAUUCGAUUCUUGUCUUCAGGAAAAAAUUCUCGAACGUGUAAUUAUUUCUGACGAUGGUGAAAAUGAUUUUAAUCAAGCAAUUGAUUUGAUCAUUGAAACUCUCAACAAUAUCAAAUUCAUACGCGAGAAAAAAGUUCUUGCUCGAUACUUCAAUAAAGUAUCGAAAGAUGGUAGUCAGUAUUGUUUUGGUGUGACCGAUACACUCAAAGCACUGGAAAUGGGCUCUAUAGAAACAUUGAUUGUAUGGGAAAAUUUCGAUGUGAAUCAUUAUUUUCUACGUCAUAGUCAAAUGCAAGAAAUGAAAAUGACAAGUUCAUGUGUUGAUCAAGAAAAAUAUACAGAUUUCGAUUGGGAACAUAUUGAAGAAAUGCCAUUACUCGAAUGGUUUGUUAAGAAUCAUAAGAAAUUCGGCGCUACACUUGAAAUUGUGACAGAUAAGAGUCAACAAGGUUAUCGAUUUGUGCAUGAUUUUGAUGGUAUCGGAGGUAUUCUUCAUCACAAGAUUAAUCUUCAAAAUACAAGUAUUGAGGAAGAUGCAGAAUUGAUCGACUAUAGUGACUAUGAUGACAUGUUCUUCCACAGUUGA